GAAUUUUUGUCUGAGAAAAAGAAAGUUCAGAAGAUCGGUCAAGUUGCCGUCUACAGCGGUUUUGUCGGAGAUGGAGGUUGAACCGGAAGUCCAGGAUCGUAUGCUUCAGGCCGCCGGAGCUCAGCUUCUUCCAGAUGGCCGUAAAGGAUUGACCAUCCAUGGCUGGGAGAUCGAAACUCAGCACCGUCCUAUUCUCAACUCUCGCCUUCUCCAAGAGUGGGAAGGAAAGCUUCAGACACCCCACUUACCAGAGAUGGUUUUUGGAGAAAGUUCUCUGGUACUUAAACACUUGGCUAGUGGGGCAAAACUUUAUUUUAAUGCGUUCGAUGCUCUAAAGGACUGGAAGAAGGAAGGACUGCCUCCUGUUGAGGUUCCUGCUGCUGCAAAAUGGAAGUUCAGGAGUAAUCCCUCUCAGCAGGUGAUACUCGAUUAUGAUUAUACCUUCACAACACCUUAUUGUGGAAGUGAAACUGUUGAUGUAGGCCAAGAGAAGCAGAUUGGAAGUGAUGAGGGAAAGUUGAGCGUUGUUUGGAAGGAUUGCAAAGAGCAAAUUGACAUGGCUAAACUUGCGCAAAAGGAAAAUAUUCUUUUCUUUGAUGAGGUUAUCUUGUAUGAAGAUGAACUGGCGGAUAAUGGAAUUUCUCUUUUAACUGUAAAAGUGAGAGUAAUGCCGAGUUCUUGGUUUCUUCUAUUACGCUACUGGCUUAGGGUUGAUGGAGUGCUGAUGAGAUUACGAGAAACUCGUGUGAAUUGUGUGUUCGAAGAUGGUACAAACCCUACUAUCCUAAGAGAGAGCUGCUGGAGAGAAAGCACAUUUCAAGCCUUAUCUGAUAAAGGUUAUCCAUCUGAAGCUUCUGCAUAUAGCGAUCCAAGCACUAUCAGUCAGAGACUUCCGGCUAUCAAGCAAAAGAACGAAAAACUUGAAUUCGUUGAUAAUAAGUAAUAUUCUAUGAACUAUUUGUGUGAAUGAUAAAAAACAUCAUUUUCUGUAAAAACUAUCUUUAUUUUGCCUUACUGUUUUAUUGAUUUAUUUGCUUGAUAUAAA